CCCUCCCUCUUUUAAACUCGGCCGCUGACUGUGAAGAUGGCGCCGCAGAAAUCUAAAAAUGUGCAGAAGGAAAGAAGGGCAAAGAAGGCUGCCUGGAGAUUCACUCUGGAUCUUACCCAUCCUGUAGAAGAUGGAAUCUUUGAUUCAGUCAACUUUGAGCAGUUUCUGAGGGAGAGGGUGAAAGUCAAUGGUAAAACCGGAAACCUUGGAAACAUCGUUCACAUUGAACGUUCAAAGAACAAGAUAAAUGUGGCAUCAGAGAAGCAGUUCUCAAAAAGGUACCUUAAAUAUCUUACAAAGAAAUACCUGAAGAAAAACAACUUGCGAGACUGGCUGCGUGUAGUGGCUUCUGAUAAGGAGACCUAUGAGCUUAGGUACUUCCAGAUCAGCCAAGAUGACGAGUCUGAAUCCGAAGAAUAAGUGUCUUUACAAAAUAAAGAUAUUUAUAUAAAA